AUGGAGUUAAAGCUGAUUGUAGAGCCUAUGUUGAUGGAUAUAAAAUCAGUGUCGAAGGAUAUUCAAGAGAUAAUGAAGAAAUUGAAUUUUAAGUCAGAAUUGGUAAGAGAGUACACAACAAGUCGUUCAUAUGAUGCAAAAAUAGGUAUGUUACUUAACAAAUGUUCAAAGAAGAAACAGAAUGAUUCUUCUCGACAAGCAGCUGGUAAGCCUACUACUACUAAUUCAUUUUUCUCAAUGAACUCACCCCAUGAAGGAAGAUUUGGAAAUGAACAAGGACACAGCCAGUAUCCUGUUGGGGGGUUUGAAAGACAAUAUUCUAUGUACCAACCUUUAGGGCAACCUUUUAACCCCUAUAUGCAAAAUUAUUUCCCACAACCUCCCUGGCAACCUCAGUAUUCACCAAGUAUGGGAAGAAGAAAUACUGGGGAGAAUUUGAGCAGUAAAUUAAGGUUGCCAAAACUUGAAUUGAAAUCAUUUGAUGGGAAUAUGAUGAAUUGGAUGGAAUUUUGGGACUCUUUUGAAAGGAAUAUUCAUUUGAAUUCUUCAUUGUGUGAUGUUGACAAGAUGUCUUACCUAAAGGCUUCUCUUAAGGGUACUGCUUGUCAUGCGAUUGCGGAUUUGCGAACUACUGGGGACAAUUAUGCGCCUGCAGUUGACAUUUUAAAAGAGAAAUAUGGUAAAGCUAAUGUAUUGAAGGGAUCUCACAUGUCUGCAUUAAAGGCUGUUGUUGCUGUAACUUAUUCUAAAAAUUUAGAUGGGUUAAAAAAGUUGUAUGAACUUGUUGAUAUGCAUGUAAAAGCAUUAUCUGUAUUAGGUACCUCUGAAGAACAGUAUUCUUUAGUUAUUGUACCAGAUUUAAUGAAGAAGAUACCAAGAGAUGUUGAACUUUCCAUCAGAAGAACAAUGUCUGUAGACCAUGAGUGGACCAUGAGUGAAUUUUUGAACAAGCUCAGAGAGGAACUUCUGUUCAGGGGUAUGGAUGAAGCAACACCAAGAGUGCAGAAUUCAAGAGAAGAGAGGAAUCCUAACAAAGGAAAAGCAUUUGCUAUUUCACCAAAUGCAACCUGUGCUUUUUGUCUUGGAGAGCACAGUAGUGCUGACUGUUCUGUUGUCACUGAAGUGAAGAAGAGGAAGUCAAUAUUGAUGAGGUAUAAGAGAUGUUUUUGCUGCUUGAAGAAAGGUCACCGUGUCAAAGAUUGCUACAACAAGAAGCCUUGCAGCAAGUGCAAUGAAGGGGAGCAUCACCCUGUGAUAUGUGAAAAAGAAGAGAGUGUUCCAAAUAUGCAUGUUGUCACACCUGGUGGAAUAGCAUAUCAAACUGUGUUAGCCAAAGUGAAUGUCAAGGGAAAGCCAAGUAUUAUUUGCAGAUGUCUGUUGGAUACAGGGUGUGAUAAGACAUACAUGUUGCAAAAAACUGCUAAUUUGCUGAAAUCCAAGCCAUUAAGACAGGAAAGAAAAGUUCUGGACACUGUGCAUGGAGAAAGGCAACAUAUCUGCUCAGUGUACAAGAUAGAAGUAAAAGACAUGACAGAAAAGCUGAAAUUUGAAACUGAGGUGUCCACACUCAGCAAGCUGACAUCUGUCAAGAAUGUGAAGCCCCAGAUUUUAAAGAAAAAAUUCAACCAUUUGAAGAACCUGGAAUUUUCAGAUAUUUCAAGUGAAAGAGAACUUGAAAUUGAUGUCAUCAUUGGAUUGGAAGACCUUUGCAAGCUCAAAACAGGAAACAUGAAAUGGGGAAAUGCUGGUGAUCCUGUUGCAGAAGAAACAACACUGGGUUGGACUCUAAUGGGACCAACAAACUCAGCAGAGGAUCAAAGUUGUUCAAGUUCACUGCUGUUGACAACUGAUAAGGAAAAUCUGAGCAAUCAGAUAGCCAAACUGUGGGAUUUGGAGACAGUAGGGAUCAGGGAAGAAAACUCAGUGGAAGAGAAAUUUGAAGAUACAGUAACUUUCAAUGGAGAGAGAUACAGUGUGCAGUUGCCAUGGAAAUCAGAUAGAGUCAAUUUGCAAACAAACAGAAAUCUUUGUGAAAGGCGGCUAAAUGCGCAACUCAGAAGAUUAAAGAAGGAACCGGAAAUAUUAAAGAAAUAUGAUGAUGUCAUUAAAGAUCAGAUAGAACAGGGUAUAAUUGAGGAAGUACCAGAUCAUCCUACAGGAGAAAGAAUCCAUUUCCUACCACAUCAUCCAGUAAUACGUGAGAAUGCGGAGAGCACAAAAGUCCGAGUUGUAUACGACGGGUCAGCAAAAGAAAGAAAAGGAGACAAGAGUUUGAAUGAGUGUUUAUACACAGGACCAUCAUUGCUACCUAUGCUACAUGAUGUGCUGUUGAGGUUCCGGAUGUUUCCAGUGGCGCUUGUUGGUGACAUCAAGAGUGCAUUCCAUCAGAUCUUAGUUGAUGAGAAGGACAGAGACAGUAUGAGAUUCCUGUGGGUGGAAGAUGUCACAAAUGAGAAACCUGUGGUUAAAGAAUACAGGUUUACUAGAGUCAUUUUUGGAAGUGGACCAAGUCCAUAUUUGUUAAAUGCAACAUUGCAAAGGCACCUCAAGAAGUACGAAGAAGAAGAACCAGCAGUUGUCCAAAAUGUCUUACCAAACAUGUAUUGUGAUGACCUUGUGAGUGGAGCUGCUGACAGUACGCAAGCCAUAGAGUUGAAAGACAAAAUUACAGAGAUUAUGAGAAAAGGAGGUUUUUCAACUCCAUAA